CUCCCUUCAAUUAAUUAUAGGCCGCUCUUCUGGCCAGUUCGUGACCAACUGACCAUCAAACAAAGAGGCUCCCAGUCUCUUUUGCAUCGCUUCCACCGGUCAUCGGCCGGCGCGCAUGCUUCCUUUUAUAGCAGCGGCAAAAGGUGAGGCCUGAGGAUCAAUUUUCCCGUGAGAUCACCGGAAAAUGACGACGUAUGGGACGAUACCUACGGCAUCGUCGUCUCCGGGAUCAAGCAGUCUAGGAUACAUUUCUCGCGCAAAGGAACGGAUAGUAUCGGGCCUGGGCACUCGGAGGCCAUGGAAAGAGAUGGUCCACCGGCACGCAAUAGGCAUCCCGGGCAGCUUCCCAGAGGCCGUCGGCAGGGUCAGAACCAACGUGGGUUACUUCCUCAUGAAUUACGUGAUCAUCGUGUUGGUGGUGCUGUUUCUGAGCUUGUUAUGGCAUCCCAUAUCGCUGAUCGUGUUCGUGGUCAUGAUGGCAGCCUGGUUGUUCCUCUACUUCCUGAGGGAUGAGCCUCUAGUGAUCCUGAGCCGUACGGUUAACGACCGUGUGGUGCUGAUCGUGUUAUCGAUUGUGACCAUCGUGUUGCUGCUGCUGACCCACGCGACACUCAACAUUCUGGUGUCGCUUUUGAUCGGAGUGGUGGUGGUGUUGGUUCAUGGGGUUUUGAGGAAGACGGAUGAUCUAUUUGGGGACGAAGAGUCGGCCAGGUCGGCUGGGCUAUUGGCUACUGGGGAUGAAACCAAACGCCCUCUCCAGGAGACUUCGUCUUCUUCCUCUUAGAACCAAUUCAACGAUCGAACACUUUUCUUUAUUGAUAACGGGGAAGGUUUAUUGAUUUGGAGCUUUUGUGUUUCAGUUUAAAGCCAGGUUUGAAAAAGAAAGAACUUUUACUAUUUUCUCCCCUUUUCCCAGAUUUGGGAGUUAGAGUUCAUUGUUGACUGUAAGCUUUGAUUGUUUGUUGCUUGUUUGCUUGUUAGUUGAAGUUCUCUCUCUCUCUCUCU